AUGUUAAAUAAUUCUAGCCGUGAAAACGAUUUAGAAAAUUCUAUUGUGCUAAAUGUUAAUUUAGAUGCUUUAAAAAAGUUGGCAUCAAAUGUGUUUCAAGUACAAUGUAUUUCUAUACAAGAAUUUAACGAAGGUGGUUUUCAUAAAGUAUACAUCUUAAAGAUGGAAGAUGGUAAAGAAUAUAUUGGAAGAGUAGCAUUCCCAGUAUAUCCACAAUGGAAGACGGAAAGUGAAGUAGCAGUUAUGGAGUAUAUUCAUUUAUAUACUAACAUCCCUGUUCCCAAAGUUUAUUAUUGGAAUAGUUCUGUCAAUAAUCCAGUAGGAGCAGAAUAUAUUUUAAUGGAAUAUUUACCUGGAAUUCAACUUAAAAAACUCACAUUUUCAAAAAUUGGUUGCAUUUUUUUUGACAAAAAUGGGUUUAAAAUUGGUCAGGUAAUUGAAUGCAACUUUUUUACUGGUGAGCGAGUAACUUUACCCACCAUGGAACUGGGUUCUUUCAACACAACAGAAGAAUAUAUUUUAGCCGUUAUUCAAAACCAGAUUCAUUACUAUAGAGCUUUUAAAUCUAAAGAUAGUUGGAUUCCAAAAUAUGAAGAACUAUGCAAAUUGGUACCAAAAUAUUUUCAGAAUGGAAACGACACAUUCGUAUUAACACAUGGUGAUUUCCAUUCAUCAAAUAUUCUGGUCAAUAAUGAUGAAAUUACAGGAAUUAAUGAUUGGGAAUGUUCUGGUGCAUUUCUAGUUGAGUUCUUAUGCACUUAUCCGAUAUGGAUAACUGAAAAUCCUACAAUAGAACCAGUUAACAAAGUAUCAAAAGAUAAUCUAAUGCUACAAAAGUUUUUUCGUGAUGAAAUUCAAGGAGUAUGGAAAGUAGAUGAUUUUUUGGAUAAAUUCGAAACAAA